CGGGCGCGGGCGCCGCGCCGGGGGCGGCCGCCCCGGCGUCGGGGCGGGGCGGCGGAGCGGCGCGUGAGGCCCUGGCGGCCGUGUGCGGAGGCGAUGAGUGGUACUGUGCGUACCUCGACUGCGGCCUGGAGGAGACGCAACAGAUCUGCCUUUGCAGUUGCGCCACGACGACGACCGCCACCUCCGCGACCGUCUCAGCAACCACGGGCACGGUGACAAGCGGGACGCUCACGGGGACUUUGACACCGACGGCCACGACACUCAGCACAACAGCAACUGGGUCUGCCACAUCGAUCACCACCUGGGUCACGACAGUCAGCGCCACAGGCACCAGGACUGUCACACCGACCAGUUCGGUCACGACAAUCAAAACUACAGUCACCAAGACUGUCAUAUCGACCACCAGCUCGACCGGCACAGCUACGACGACAGAGGAGUGGUACUGCGGCAUGGUGAACUGCGGUAUGCCAGAAGCGAUGGAGAAGUGUCCGAAUACCUGCAUGGCAAUCCCCACUACCGCCACGGCCACUUCGAGUCCCAUACGGACCACCACCACAUCGCCAGCCGCAGUCGCCACCACCAAUGUGAGUCCGACGCCCACCACAACCACCACCACAGCUCCUGCCGCAGUCGCCGUCCUCAUUGGCGGUUUUUCCCUGUUCCUUUCGGAGCCUGCCGACUUUGCCCGCGCCUUCGAUCAGGGUGACAGCGCUGUCAGCGCAGCGCUCGCUUCAGGCAUCGCGGCCGUGCUUCCCACCGCGACGCCUGACGAUGUCGAGAUCACGAGUGUUGUCUUCGAAGGGCGACUUCUCUCCACGGCGGCCGGGGUCGAGGCUGGCGCUGGCUCGGCUGGCGUGCAGGUAUCCUUCGAGGCCACCCUGCCAGCUGCGAGUGCGCUCGCCGCGGGCCUGUCCGCGCACGAAUUCUUGCAGGCAGGGGAUGCUCUGGAGACGAACCUGGCGCUCGAGCUGGCCCAGGGGGCACGCAACUUUACCGUCUUUGGCGUCAGCGUCCUGGAAGCCACCUUGGCGUACGUUGCAGUCGCUGGGACCACGACUGCGUCCGACUCGGCGACCUACCGGGCGCCUUCGUACAACAAGAUGUUGGCGGUGUUGAUAUCGCUCUGCGUCGCAGUAUUCUGCGUCUUCUGCUUCUGCGUGCGGCAGUCGAGGGGGUGUGGGCGCAAGAGGAAGAAGGGCGGCUGCGGCAUCAGCGACCCGAGCGACGUGCCCGCGGUGCCGAGCGGCCUGGCCCGUGUGCAGCCGAGUCCAAUCACGCCCCUGGAGGGUGCGGACCCGUGUCCGCCCCAGCCGCCGCUCAGCUCGAGAAUGCAGCCGCUCGGCUCGAGGCACGACUCGGCCCAGGCCGUGCAGCUGCAGCUGGCGCCCGGGGAGGCGGAGGGCGACGAGGCGAUCGCCGGCUUCGGCUGCUGCAAGGUGGCGAGUCUGGGCGUCUGGGGCCAGCCGUCCUCCGUCCAGGAGGUCCCCAAGGCUCCCGUCAGCACGUGGCGGCUCAAGCUCGGAGAGGUGGCGACCUUCGAGGGCGUGUGGGAUGGGCCCUGGAGCGAGCAGCGGCCAACGACCGAGUCAAGCAGUCUCAACAUCUUGGAAGUCACUUACGAGUACCGCUAGGCGCGCGCUGCCUCGCGAGAAAGUCUACUCGCGCCUGGGCCGAGGGAGGCCUCAUGCCGUCCCCUGUGAGCCAUAGCAGCGCCUCAAGCUUCCAUCAUAUGUUAUGUAAGGAUGAGCGGCUCCGAUUUAGUAGAAGUCGUGGAUGCGCAGAUGUCGCUGCAGACAUGGCGUUGCAGCAACUCGCGAGACAUCUACACACUUCUGAACGGCAUUGCACCUGUAUCUUCCCGUGGUUCCAUAGUUGCGGUUUUCUCUGAUCUAUUGCCUGCCCGCCCUGCGUCUACGGACCUGCACCCGUUAUGUCGCCGUGCAGGUCGGGCAUGCGACUUGUUUCCGUUGUGCCCCGCUGCCGGUGCACGGUUCGUCGGGCCUCGGUCUGCCAGAAUGAAUCUGCGCACGUGACACGAGCGCGCGCGUCGUUGCAAAUGUAGAGCCCAUGUAGUGGCGAGUGUGCUUUUGAGCUGUUAUGGAGUGUUUGGAGCUGGAGCUGGUUUCGCUGGGGAGGGGAGUGGUGGUCUUGCUCCGUUUCUCGUUCCUCGGCAGCGUAGGGCCAGCAUGGCACGUGCACCGAAGGUGUCCAAGCGCUCAGACAAAAGGUCUUUCUCACCUUCCUUGGCCGCUCUUGG